AUGAAAAUUGGCUAUCAGCUGAAGCAAGUACGAGAACGGCUCGCCAAAGGUCUAGUCGACAAAGGUGUCCUCCGAACCGAAAAACGCAAUUUCCUGCUCUUUGAUAUGGCCACACAUCCGGUCGCGGACGGCGGCGCAAAGGAAGAAUUACACAAGAGAGUCCGCAACAUCUGCAGCAGCCGCACUGUCAUGCUACCCCCGAACCAGUUUCUUCCAGAAGAUAUUGAAUUCAGGUAUCUGCGAACUAUCGCAUUGGUGUGCGCUGCGUAUGCGGCGAAUGUGCUGGAAAAUGCGCUUGUAACCAUGGGGCAUGAGGCUAGGGAGCGAGCUUUUGCACAGGUCGAUGAGCUGUUAGCUGAAUAUUCACAGUGGCCAUUUGUGUCGAAUAAGGGCGCUGGCGCACAUGUUAUCGGAGCUAAUCUACCGCAAGCCGUGGCAGAAGAGGUUGAAAAGGCCAAGGACAAGGAACUCCAGCUCGAGGUUGUGGCUGCAUGUUUAGGAGUAUUCACUCGCCUUGACUCCUUGCUUUAA